CUUACAGAGUAUGAGUGUGUGUGUGUGUAUGUACAAAGACCUUCUCCCAAAACAGAAGAAGAAGAGGGGCGUUUUUUUACAAGCAUUUCCAUGUGGAAUAUUCUUAACUGACCGUCGGGAUUAGGUGGAUCGUUUUUUGUUUUCCUACAAAGCUAUGGUGGCUUACGAUGAACUGGGUAGCUUGGUGCCCACUAAACGGACUUUACAAGUGAUAGACUACCAGAACCAAGCCAACAAAGAGUCAGAGGAACCCAGCAACAAGCGCGUCCGUCCUCUUGGCAGGGUGACGUCGCUAGCCAACCUCAUCUCUCCAGUCAGGAAUGGGGCCGUCCGGCGCUUCGGCCAAACUAUCCAGUCCAUAUCCUUCCGGGGCGAUGGCAAGUCGCCGGGCGGACCCCAGAAGGUGUGCUGCAAGGCUGCGGUGGCACCCACCCCUCCCAAGAGGAGGAACAGCACCCUCUGGUCUGAGAGCCUGGACGUCCACCAGAAGGGAACCUUUUCCACCAAGGAGAUCAAGAGACAGGAGGCCAUAUUUGAGCUGUCUCGAGGAGAACAGGACCUUAUCGAAGACCUCCAGCUAGCACGCAAGGCGUACCAUGAUCCUAUGCUGAAGCUGUCCAUAAUGUCCGAGGUAGAACUCGGCCACCUGUUUGGCGAUCUGGACGCCUACAUCCCCCUCCACGAGGAGCUGCUGGCCCAGCUUGCUAAGGCCACAGGCCUAGACGGCACCGUGGGACAUAUAGGGCACAUCGUCCUCAACUGGUUGCCGAGGCUGAAUGCCUACAGGGACUACUGCAGCAACCAGCUAGCAGCCAAGGCCCUACUGGACCAGAAGAAGCAGGAUGCCCGUGUACAGGACUUCCUGCAGCGCUGCCUGGAGUCUCCUUUCAGCAGGAAGCUGGACCUGUGGAGCUUCCUGGACAUCCCCCGCUCUCGCCUUGUCAAGUACCCCCUUCUCCUACGAGAGAUCUUGCGACACACGCCGCCUGAACACCCCGACACAGCCAGCCUGGAAGAAGCGAUCUCCGUCAUCCAGGGCGUGCUGUCUGACAUCAACACCAAGAAGGGUGAGUCAGAGUGCAAGUAUUACAUCGACAAGAUGGAGUACCUGGACGAGAGGCAGAGGGACCCACACAUUGACCAGUGCAAGAGCCUGCUGUGUCACGGCGAGCUGCGCAACAAGAGCGGAACGAAGCUGCACGUGUUCCUGUUCACCCAGCUCCUGGUCCUCACAAGGCCCGUCACACGCAAUGAGCGCCACUGCUUUCAGGUGUACCGGCAGCCCAUCCCGGUACAGGACCUGGUUCUGGAGGACCUUCAGGACGGAGAUGUGAGGAUGGGUGGCUCGUUCCGAGGAGCGUUCAGCAACGCCGACAAAGCCAAGAACAUUUUCCGCGUGCGUUUCCAGGACCCAGCCCAGGGCCAGUCCCACACACUGCAGGUCAAUGACGUCUUCCACAAGCAGCAGUGGCUCAACUGCCUCCGCAGCGCCAUCUCCGUCCACGGGCCCCACCUUCCCGCCACCCAGCCCGCCUCACCCCUCCCCUCUGCCGCGGGGGCGAACACGCGCCUCCUGCAACGCCGCUCCUCUUCCCUCUCCGCUGUCAUCUACAUGGAGGGGACUGACGAGAACUGCCCUCUGACAUCUGCAUCCGCCCCCAGCUCACCCUGCAGGAACAACAGCCCAAGCCCCGCCUCUACCCCCUCACCACACUCCUCCCGCUCCUCCUCCUCAUCACCAACAAUGCCACUUACUUCACCCCUGCCACACAAAACCAAAAAAGACAAGAGGUCUCUCUGCUCCCUAGGGAAGAGGAAAGAGACUAUGGUGUAGGAGGAGGAUGAAGGGAGAAAAUUGACUCCUGUGGACAUUUUCUUUGUAGAUACUGGCGGGGGGGGGGAAGGGAUCCUCACAGGACAUCACUGGGGUAUUUAUACGUUUUGUGUGUUGUAUUAUUAUUAUUACAGCAGUGUUCUGUUUUACUGUCCUCAUUGGCAGCUAGUUUACUUCACCCCCCUCCAUCCCUCCCCUGUUUGUUUCAGUCCACAGUGGCUGUAUGCAUACCUGGGUAAUGCAGUAUUCCGGAGAGCAUGGCUUCUGGUUGUAGUUUUACCAUUACAAUGAGCAAGCAUACACGGUCACCCAUGAAUCUGUGUAAAAGUUGUGCGUCAAUUUCUGUUUACUGCUCCUUUGGGAAUGGGUAAGCAUUAAUAUAUAACAAAAAGUUGUACUUUUUUUAUCAUUUGAAUCUUUCUGCAGCUCUAUUUUAUUUUAAUACAGCACUGUUGUUAGCCCUAGCCAAAGUUAUUUAAACCUUUUUUGGGAAUAUGGAGGUGGAAAAAAGGAUGAGCACCCACAAAAGACAAUAUGGAUUUGAACACUGAACACCAUCGCUUAAAAAAAAAGUAUUGUUGGUUGCUCUACUGGAGGACAAGUAUUAGUUUUUGUACAUUGCUUUAAUGACAUGAUGUUACUAUGAUCCAGUCACCUUGUUGCAAUGACAGGCAGUUGAAGGAAGUCAUGUAAAUCCAAUCAAAUUGCAUAUGAUUUUCAUUUACUUUUGAAAUAUUAGUCAAAUAUUUAUCGCUGCACUAAAGGUAGCGUUGUCAUGUUAAAUGACGUCCAAAGUAACUAUAGAGAAAGGUAUUUUGUUUUACUCAGUCUUCAGCAAAAAACAACAGUAACCCAAAAAUUACUGAGCCAUAGUAAUUUAAAAGCGGACUCUUCCAAAUUAAAUAGAUCACUUUUCAAUGUAGCAUCUUGGAGCUAAUGGGAUAGACACUGUUGGCUGCAACAAACAAUGACAUAUACUUGUCUGAAAGGAUUUGGUUUGUAGGUGAGACAGUGUUAGACAAAAAAGUUAUAAAUAUGUUGAAGGACUAGAGAAUGUCUGCAGAAAGCAGGAGGGGAGAAGAUGGAAACGUAGGAUUUUGAAGAAACUGAGAAGUUGGAUGUUUGGUGCGUAACUCCACAAUGAUAGCUCUCUGACAGAGCUGAGUGGUUCCUUGCUCAAAAUGGAUGUUUUAAGGCACUGGUGAAAAGCCAUUGAGUAUAAAGAAGGAUAUUGUAAGUAAUGGAGGGAGAGAGAGAGAGAGAAG